AUGGACGUGAUCGAACAAGUGGUAUGCAAAACUGAGCCGCCGGAGUCACCGCCGAAAAAAGUGCGAAAUGAGGACUACACAACGGCGACGUACGCGUUACUCCUCGACCCCUAUGCAGCCAUUAACUAUAGGGCGCUGUCAGCUUUUAGACCUUGGGAUAAACGUGAGCCAAUACUACAACACCCAGAACGGGUUGUACGCGUCGCCGACUGCGCCAGCUUUGAGCGUGACUAUCAACCCAAUGUCUCCCUGAAGCCCUUAACGCCUCCCGUCGACGACGUUACAUCAUCGACAUCUCCUCCCCCACACAGCGACUCGGAGCUCGCGGCAAGGUUGCUAGAUGCAGAAGCGAGGCUUACAGAACGCGCAAGACUCUUAGACGAACGCGAAGCAGAACUUAUUCGGCGUGAAGCACGUCUCGAUCAACGAGAGGCUGAAAUCGCUCGACGGGAACGGGCGAUCGCUGAUGCUGAACCGCCCCUGCCGAAUCCAUUGCCGCCUAAGGAGGAAGCGGAGCCGCCACCAUGUUGA